AUGCCGAUCACCUUGACGCCCGCGCAGUGCGCACGAGCUGCUUCAGCCUACCGUGCCCUCAUCCGCUCUCAGCGUCUGACGUUCAAGGGCGACGCGCUCGCGCUCCAAGCCGCCCACGAGCAGACCCGGGUCCUCUUCAACCGCUUCAUCCCCUCGUCCUCGGCCUCGGUGUCGCCGUUCCAGCCGCGCGACACGAUCCUCCCUCCACCAGAGCUCGCGCCCAAGAGCGACUUGACGCCCGAGGUCGUCGACGAGCACAUCCAGGGCGCGUUCGAGAUCGCGGCCUUCUUGCGCAAGAACGUCGUGCAGGGCGUGCGCAACGACGAGGGCAACUUUGCCCUGCGCAUCCACGAGGAGACGGAGCGCGGCGACAACGACACGAUCAAGCAGAAGAAGGAGGCGGCGGCGGCAGCGACGGGCGGCGCGAGGCGAAGGCGGCGACGAGGUGCGGCGGACGAGGCCGAGGCGGCGCCGGUCGGGUGCUGCGGUGGCGCAGGGGCGGCAUAG